UGAAGAGACUCCUCCUUUCAGCCAAUCAGAGGAGCUCUUACUGGUCGCGAGCAGCAACAGAACGCAGGCGUCAAAACACUGCGGGCUUAAAAUGAUGAAGAAUUUGGGUGAUGGCCUAUUGUUUGAGCUGGAGAAUGGCAAGCCCAAGCUUGUGUUGACUCAAGUUGGUGCUGAAUCAAAGUCUUCUAAUAAGAAGGUCUCUUGUCGAAUUUCUCCAAGGAAUAAAACGCACAAAAUCAUCAACUCCAAACAAUGUCCUCUUCAACCAGACAAAGUCGAAAAGGAAAAAAGCAGCAAAAAUACAGCAGCUGUCAGUUGUGUUGGGCAGAACAGCACAGGCGGACCCAAGCGCAGGUCCAGUGAGGCUGUGAGAGUUCAGUCGGACAGCAGCAGAAACGACUCUGUCACUCAGCAGAGAGAGAGCAUGGUGUGUCUGACACAGGCGCAGUUCCAGCAGAUACUGAGCACCAUCAGCAGCUCAUCCUCUGCAAACACUCACACACACACAGCAGAACCUGUGGCCUGCUCAGAGGAAUACUGUUCUGAAACUACAGGACCAGCUGAAGAGUUGGUCCUGGACAACCAUGGUUACAGACACAGACCGUCACAAGAAAAGACAGACAGACGGCCUCUGUCGGAUGAGCAGCAGUCAGGGUUGUUCAGCACAUUUGGAGAAAGGGAAAGAGAGCGGGACAAACUGGAAGCCAGAAGAGCUCAGUGGAAGAGAGAGCUGGAUGAGCAGAUGGCUCUGAAGAGGCAGCAGAAAACCAAUCUCAAAGAUAUGAAAGAUCACAGUGAAUCAUGUGAAAUGAGGCUGAAAGACAUGCAGGACACAGACGGGGUGAGCUCCCGGAGGGCUGCUGGAGCAGAGAGCUCAAACUGCAGAGCUCCAUUUCAGAAUCAGCAAGAGCUCCCUGCUGCCAUCCGCUCUGCCUUCAUAGUGGGGGAAGCUGCUCCUGUGGAGGACUCAUUCAGUGCUCAGAGACAGGAACAGCAGAGGCGCUGGGUGCAGGAACUGGACAAGCAGAGAGAAGAGGCCAAACUACGCCGACAACACGACAAAGAGAUUAACAGCCAGGCUGAGGACAUUGAGCUCUGGGCCAUUCAUUUUGAUUCUCUUCAUCAGCCUUCAGCUGAGGGCCCCAAACAUGGGGUCACUGACACUAGCAGCUGUCUGUCUCACCGCUCUAUCUCUGGAGUUCUGUCUACGGCAUGGGACAGCUUGAGUGCAUUUGGAGGGGACAGUCUAGGAAGGGCCAGCGUUGAUACCACUCAGCAAAACCAACAGAGAUCCAGUUAUCUUCGCACAAUGACAGCCUUGCUGGACCCUGCUCAGAUCGAGGAGCGUGAACGCAGAAAACUCAAACAACUGGAACACCAACGAGCCAUUGAGACUCAGGUAGAGGAGCGCAGGCGCCAGAAAGAGAAAGAGGAGGCUACUCGACGGACACAGGAACAAGAAGAGGAGAGGAGGCUUGAAAGAGAGCGAAUACAACUCCAGCAGCAGUAUAUAAAGGACACUGAACGACAGAGACUCAGAGAGGUGGUACAGUCUCGUAAAACGGAGGAGCUGUAUCUGAGCAUUCAAAGAGCCCAAGAGGAGGCAUGUAAAGACAAACACAUUCAGAGGAUUAGAGACCUGGCUAAGAAAGGCCACGAUGUGUCCAAACUACUGCACAGCCUGCAAGAGGACUCUAUCUCACAGGCCCUUAGUAGUGAAGAUUUACCUGGUCCAUCAGCAUUGAGAACAGCACCUCCUCCCACAACCUCUCCAAGAAAAGACACCGCUGUUCAGACAGAGAUCAGUCCUCAGCCUGAGAAUGAGACCAUUAUUUCCAAUGCUGCAGUCACAUUCCCAGCUCCUCCAGACAAGAUAUCCCAGCGAUUUGAGGAAAAAGCAUCUGAAAAGAGCCACAGCAAACAGCAUCUGAGAGAAGUGGACACUUACGAGCCGUAUGCACGAAGCAGCAGGGUCCAAAGACAAGGGAAAAGGCCAGAGUGGAACACACAAAGACCCAGCAAAGCCUUCAUCCCGGCGUCUGAGCGCUACCCUGAAGCUCUGCAGAGACACCGGGAGGAGAGCAGGAGGCAGAGACAGAGGCAGCUGAUGAUGCUGCAGGAGAGAAGCACACUGCCUCGGACACCACAGCAAGAUCUGCUUCACAAUCACAAACCUCAAGCACAGAGAAUUAGGACGUCUCCUCAAGCACAGCACCAAAAAUUUCUCUCUUCUGUUCAGAGUGAAAAUGAACUCCAAGAAGCACCAGUCUUCAGUGCUGAAAGCAGGGUCCCGUCUCCCGCAGUAAAGACCCGUGUGCAGUCUUCUUACCAGGUGACUGAGGACACAGGCUGUCCGCCGUUAUUAGACUAUGUGCCGUAUGUACGCACAGACGAGGUUUAUCACAUGGACCCCCUCGCUCCCCUUUCCAGACCUCUGACACAUGAAGCACAGCAGAGGGUCAACACAACUCCGCAAACUACAGUUGUGAGCAGCAGCAGCAGGCAGGCAACCCCUCUGGUCCAGCAUCCUCCCAAAAGCACUGAACGGCAGCAAGCCAUCUUGAAGGGUCUGUCUGAGCUCAGACAGGGUCUUCUGCAGAGACAACGAGAGUUGGAAACCAGUCUGAACCCUGUAAUGCAAACACAACACAGAAACCACCUCUCACCUUUCAGACCUGUGUGAUCCAAAGCUGUUUCAAAAACAAGACCAGCACUUUAUACUGCAAGAUGUUAGCAGUGGAAAUGUGGAGAUGUUAACACACGAACCUGUUAACCGCUCUUAAGGACUCACUGUAGAUGUGUAACCCAUCAGGCACAUUUAUAGGGUUAAUUUUUGAACAGCAAAUCUCAAAUGUGACUAGAUUUUAUGACUUGAAUGUGAAUUUUAUAGUGCCAUCAAACUGUUAAUAGUGCUUUAUUGCAUCCAAAAUAAAAGUUUUUGUUAAAUUAUGUGUAGCAAGUAUUUGUAUAUAUAAAUUCAAACAUGCAUGUAUGCAUAUGAAAAUAUUUACAUGUAUAUAUACACACAUGCAUUUAUAGUCUUAUGAUACAUAUAUGUAAACAGUUUUUUUGGAUGCAUUGGACAGCACUACAAUUUU